AUGCACGACGAUCACCUGCGCAGCUUCCGCCGCUACAGUCGGGUCUUUCCAACCACAGCGUACGCGCGCCACACGCCGCGAGUCGGCUGCUCUGUGGCAACGGAUGCACGGUCUAUCCCUUGUACCUCACCGUCAAACUCCGCGAACCGGACAAGCUCUGUGAAGAUACUGGCGCUGCUGUGCUCCAAGGUGUCGCCGCACUCCUUCAAUGCUGACACAACACCCGAGAAGUGCUCAACAAUGCUGGCGUUGGCGCAGCCGCUCGCGGUGCCGCGCAAGCGCGCACGUGAGGAGUGUGUCGACGACGGAGACGCGUCUGCUUCGACACGGGCCUCUACCGUCUUGCCGGAGCCGCCGUGUAGGUUCGAAGGGAAGCGGAAGGGGUCACAUUCCGAUGGCUUAUCUGCACCGUCGGAGUCGAGCGACCCACCGACGGCGGUCGCGUCAAGCGCUGCCGUCGAGCUAGAGACGGAGGCGCGCGCCAUCGUGACCAAUGCUGCCGAAGGAAGCGCUGCCGCAGCUGCCUCCUGUGACACCGUCGAGCCAGCGCCGACUGCCACCCUCUACGUGCGGGUGCAGUACGACAAGUCCCUCAUCACAACGCUACCCAUCGAGGUGAUGCGAGCGCAGCACCCGCAGGUGCUCAUCGACUAUCUCCUCGCCAUGUCUGUUUGGGCGUAG